GCCAAAGCUCAUCCCAGGACUCGCUCGCGCCUGUGUGGGUCACUUGUGGCCUCACACGCUUGUUUCUCGGUCUCAUGGCGGGUCUGACUUUAUUCGUGGGCCGUCUCCCGCCCUCGGCUCGCAGCGAUCAGCUGGAAGAGCUGUUCAGUCAGGUGGGUCCGGUGAAGCAGUGCUUCGUGGUGACAGAGAAAGGGAGUAAGGCAUGCCGAGGCUUUGGCUACGUGACUUUCUCCAUGCUGGAAGAUGUUCAGAGGGCCCUCAAGGAGAUUACUACCUUUGAAGGUUGCAAGAUCAAUGUGACUGUUGCCAAGAAAAAACUGAAGAACAAGUCCAAGGAAACGAGGAAAAAUGAAAAUUCAGAGUCCCCAAAGAAGGAGCCAAAGCACAAAAAAGCCAAGGUGGCAGACAAGAAAGCCAGAUUAAUUAUCCGGAACCUCAGCUUUAAGUGUUCAGAAGAUGACUUGAAAGCAGUAUUUACUCACUAUGGCACUGUUCUGGAAGUGAAUAUCCCAAGAAAGCCAGAUGGAAAGAUGCGUGGUUUUGCUUUUAUUCAGUUCAAAAACCUCCUUGAAGCAGGAAAAGCUCUCAAAGGCGCAAAUAUGAAAGACAUAAAAGGACGGACUGUGGCUGUGGAUUGGGCUGUGGCAAAGGACAAAUACAAAGAUGCCCAGCAUGCUUCUGCUCCAGGUGGAAAGAAGAAGCCUAAGGAAUCAGGUAAGAAGAACUGCAGGGUGGAAGAGCAAGUAGAAGAUGAUGAUGAUGGUGAAGAUGAAGAAGAUAACCAUGACGAUGAAGAGGGAAGUAGAAACUCAACAGUAGCUGCUCCUUUGAGCGUGCACAAGAGAGCAGUCAAGAGAGCAGCUCCCGAGGAAAGCACCGAAGAAUACGACUCUCACGAGGACAGUGACCUGGAGGAAGAAGACAGCUCCUAUGACGAGGGGACCGUGGGCAGUGAGAGCAGUGCCGAAGAACAAGAGGAUGAAGAUGUUCCAGUCUCGAAGAAAAAGAAGAGGAAGUUACCCUCUGAUGUGACUGAAGGGAAAACUGUUUUCAUCAGAAAUCUUUCAUUUGACUCAGAAGAAGAAGCACUUGGGGAGGUCCUCCAGCAAUUUGGUGAUCUUAAGUAUGUCCGAAUUGUCUUACAUCCAGACACAGAGCAUUCUAAAGGCUGUGCUUUUGCACAAUUCAUGACUCAGGAAGCAGCUCAGAAAUGUCUUGCAGCGGCCUCUCCAGAGGCUGAGGGUGGUGGGCUUAAACUGGACGGCCGGCAGCUCAAGGUCGACUUGGCUGUGACCCGUGAUGAGGCAGCAAAGCUUCAGACAAAGAAGGUGAAGAAGCCAACCGGAACCCGGAACCUCUAUCUGGCCCGAGAAGGCUUGAUCCGAGCUGGGACGAAGGCUGCUGAGGGUGUGAGUGCCGCAGAUAUGGCCAAGCGCGAGCGGUUCGAGCUACUGAAACAUCAGAAACUCAAGAACCAGAAUAUCUUUGUCUCCCAGACCCGGCUUUGCCUGCACAAUCUCCCAAAGGCUGUGGACGAUAAACAACUAAGGAAGCUGCUGCUGGAGGCCACUCGAGGAGAGAAGGGGGUUCGCAUUAAAGAGUGUAGAGUGAUGCGGGACCUUAAAGCAGCCGGUGAGAAAGCGAAGGGGCAGUCCCUGGGCUAUGCCUUUGCAGAGUUCCAAAAGCAUGAGCACGCCCUUAGAGCCCUCCGCCACUUCAACAACAACCCAGAGAUCUUUGGGUCCCAAAAGAGACCGAUAGUGGAGUUCUCUUUAGAAGAUCGAAGAAAACUUAAAGUAAAGGAGCUGAGAAUCCAACGCAGCCUGCAAAAAAUGGGAUCCAAGCCUGUAACCAAUAAGCCCCAAAAGGAGCAAAAAGAACUUGGAAAAGACAAGCAGCAGAAAGCAGCUCAGAGCACCACACAGGAUCAAAGUAAGGUGCCUGGAGAGCAGAAAAGGAGGGCCAGCUCCUCCUCGUGGACAGGGUUCCAGACCAAGGCCGAAGUGGAACAGGUGGAGCUGCCUGACGGGAAGAAGAGAAGAAAGGUCCUGGCACUCCCUUCACACCGAGGCCCCAAAAUUAGGCUGCGGGACAAAGGCAAAGUGAAGUCCCUUCCUUCUAGGAAGCCAAAGCCCCAGAUGGGCCAGCGGAAGCAGAAGCAGCAGCAGUUAGCUUCUUCCCUGCAGGCACCUAAGAGGAAAGCUAAGGAAGAUAAGGCAGAAGCCCGCUUCAACCAGCUGGUGGAACAGUAUAAGCAGAAGUUGUUGGGCCCUUCUAAGGGAGCGCCCCUCAUGAAGAGAAGCAAAUGGUUUGAUAGCUGAUGGCACCUGCAGACUGCACGAAAGCCGUGUCUUUCCCUGAGGGAAAGAGGAUCCCAGAUGAUACCCGCUUUCUUGGGGACUCUGUAGCUUGUGUACAUUCUUGGUCCGUUCUCCAGUGUGGUGUUGGUUAGCUACACAGAAACACCUGAAAAACACCAUGGAGUUUUUAUAACUUACCCAUCUCAGUGAUGAAUCUGUGCAUGUAAUUGCAGCUUAUUUCUAAUCUCUCCUCAAAUGGAAACUUGUAAAAAAGUGUUUCAGAGUACUGAAUUUUAAAGAUGCAUAUUUUGUUAUGGAGUCUGUAAGUGAGGAAUUGUGACUUUUUGGAUAUGUCUCAUUUUUAAUAUACACAAAUAUAUUAUUUAUGAGUUUUUCCUAAAUGAA